AUGUUGGCAAUAAGAAAGACAGUGUUCUCUGCAUGCCUUUCUUCCUUCCACAACACUCCUCCCAACAUCAGAUCUCUUGCUGCUACCUUCUCCUCCACAGUCAACAAAGAUGAUAUUAAGAUUAUUGAGACGCCGGGGAGGGCGAAAGGGAAGGCGGCGGACAUGGAUGAUGCGCGCGGGGAGAGGGAGGAGAGGAGGUCGUCGGUGGCUGAUAGUAUGAGAGAAGGAGCGGCGAGAGCGAUGGAAACGGGGAUGGAGUUGGGAGAGAAGGCGAAGCAGACAAUGGACGAUGCAUGGGAUGCGGCCAAGGAGACGACAAAGAAUGUUAAGGAUUCCAUGAGAGAAGACGAUGAGUACGAUGAUGAUCUGAGGAAACGUGGCGGCCGCUAUGAUUUGAGGGAUCGCCAUUAG